CACCCGGGUACAGGCGGACAACCUGGCGGCAAGGGCAGCGCCUUCCACCCUCACCAAUGCAACGGGGGUCACAGCAGGAACGGAGGCGACCCGCUCAAAAAGUGCCACGAUGACAUUUGGCAAAUUGGAGACGGCCGUGUCUGGGCUACUGGACCCAGCUGUGACCCAAUCGCAGCGCAUCCAGUAUUGCAAAGCAAUUGACGCUGAGUGCAGGAACGGCCAGAACUCGUUGGUGAGAGAAGUCGCACACGGGGUCUGGCCACGGGAUGCUGGCAGUGGGCACCUUGUCACCCUCAGCGACAUGUCAAAUGCGCACGGGAUUGCGUACACGGACCUGCUCGCGGGCGGCGUCGUCUACAACAUGCUUACGGUAGAGCCGGGUGACAACGUGCUGUAUGCUGGCUUGCCCACGGAGGACGGUAACAUCGCGGCCGUGGGCAUGACUUUCAACUUGGAGCAGCUGCGGUUGCUGGUGGAGGGGGCGGCGAAGUACGACUACCUAAAGACGGAUGCGGCAGCUCGGAAGGCAAGAGCUGCUAACCUGUACGAGCUUCCAUCGCUCGAG